AUGAAAAGACAAGACGGCCCAAAGGCAGCAGAUGUCAAAAAGGGCAUUUCUAUUCUUUGGGAAACGUUGCAAUGUCCCAUUUGCCUGGAAUUAAUGACCGCACCUGUAUCUACAAAAUGCGACCACCAGUUCUGCAAAUUUUGUAUGAUGAAGCUUUUGGAUAAUUCUAAACAGAACAGGGCAAGUUGUCCUGUCUGCAAAUCCAGAGUCACCAAAAGGAGUUUGCAAGAGAGCCCUGGUUUCCAGAAGCUUGUUGGAGGUUUACAGGACAUGAUCCAGGCUUAUGAACAUGACACUGGGACUAACUAUUUCACUGGACAGAUGCUCCCCAAUCAUCUCGCGGUUAGUACAGAUGCUGCUUUAUCAAAAGAGACCAUGACAGAUGAGGAGAUGGACGAUCCGGAGAAUUCUUGUAGCGAAAAUGUCAAAAAGUCUCAGUCCUCAACCAUCAAAGCCCAAAAUGGAUUUGCCAGACUCAUGGGACUGGAAGACUCGAGCCCACUGACGAAGGACGAAAACGAAGGCCUGGACAGUGGCCUUGGGGGGCCCACCGUCACCACAAACCACCUCAAUAUAAUAACAGAAAGUCAAGCUAGCCAAGAAGAAUGCCCAACGCUCAAAACAAGAGUUCUUAUAAAUACUUCUAAUCUGCCGCCAUUGAUACUGGAGGAAGAGAAUACUCAAAAAGAGGAAGACGAAGAGUUUGACGAUGAGCUUUCUGCUAAAAAGUUAUCAAGGAAAAAACACAAAAAAUCUUCGGAUCCAGAAAAGAUACUAAAGCGACGUCAGGAGAAAAGCGUGGAAAAGGUUCGAGAGUGGCUUCUGAACGUCCCGAACGAGGAGGACAUCGAGUUGGGCAAACCCGACAAGAAGGCUCAAUAUUUAGACGAAUCCGAUACGUUUUCAUCUUCUUCAACAAUCGACGUUCAGGAUGAAAACUACGAAAUUCUUUUUGGUGAGAACGAAGAACCGACAAAAACCCUCGAAGAUCAAGUGUUCGGGGCGGUGUACAAGAGGGCGAAAAAACGAAACGAAAAAGAAGUUUCAAAACCAACUGAUGUUUCCUCAACAACUCGUCUCAAGUCAAGCAGUUAUCCAGAUCCGCUAGAGAAGGAAGCAGCGAAAGAACCUGAAGUUCCCGACAGUAGUGAUAAAUUUAAAGGGCCAGUACGCAUGGAAACAGAAGCCCAAGAGAUGAAUGAGAUACAUGAUGUCAUCAAUGUUUGCCAAGAAGAAAAAGUUGCUUCUCCCGUGCCCGAAACUGGAACUAGUCGCAAGCAAAGGACAAAUACAAGAAAGAAAAUGCUUAAUGUUUUGGAGGAGGUAGAUAUUGACCUCCAAGAACAAGCCAAGAUCGAACCAGAAAGUACGGAGCAGAAGAAAACUGACAAGAGGAAAGGACGGCUAUCGAAGUCAUCCAAAGUCAAGUCCGGUAGAGUCGCUAAGCCUCUUGAUUUAGUUGAAGUUAAAAAUGGUGAGGCGGCUGGGGCUGAACAAGCUAAAUCUAAAUUGGAAUCCGGUCAAGUCCAGGUGCAUAUCGAGAAUUACCCGAGCAGCGAAGAGCAAGACGCUGCUCUUGUGAAAAGCACCAGGAGAAGCCGGAGACUUCAAAGCUUUGUGGAAGAGAUUAAAGCCAGUACAAACAAAAGGAAAUUAAAAGUAACCAAAUCUCACAAAGCUUCUGACGAUGUUGAAGUUUUGGAGGCGGAUACUCAGUCUACGAAACGAGCAAAGAUAAACGGGUGUAUUUAUGCGGAAGAUUUGGGUGGGAUUGAAAAAGUGGCGUCUGGAGAACGGCCGAAGAUUUUGAAGCAAUCUCUCCAAGAAGUCCCAAAUGUAGACACGUCAUCGGGAAGCUGUCAAGAGCAAGUUGCACCGGAUUGUCCAAAAACUCCCAGUGGUGACGUCAACACUGUUCAGGAAAGCGAUAUUCAGACUGAUCCCAACGAUGUCCAGUCGGAGCCGAAGGUAGAACUGGAAGAACAGAUGGAAGAGGACAAGAGCGACAGUGAGAUAGACACGGAGCAGCUUCUCAGGAGUUUUAAAGCCACUAAAAGAAAAUCCUUUCACCUCGAAGCCCCCAAUGUUAAAAGAAGUUGUAGCUUGGAUAAAAGAAAUGAAGUUGGAGAAGUUGAAAAGACACCAGUCCAAGAUGGAUGUCACGCCCAUUCCAACUCUCUAUUCAGUGAUGUGAUUCCUCCAUCUCCCACGAUGGAACUGAACAAAGGCGAAUUUGACGUUCCCGGCAAGGCCAUUUCUGGAAACUGUCUCAAAAGUUCUACCAGUGGUGCGCUUAGUCCGAAUAAAGUUACAGAAUUGACAACGCAAAGUCCUCACCUGUCCAUCAUGCCUCAAAUAGACAACUCCGGGAUGUGUUUUACAGCUGGGAAUAGAAAGUCUGACAGCGUAGGGCCCAAGAUGCAGUCCACAAAACGCUCUCACAUUUCAGAAAGUCAACGUUCCAAAGUAGCAGAGAACAGCCUCUCUCUGCUGGAUCCAACGUCCACAAAAAACCAUUCUCCCGCCAAUGCCGCUCAACGUUUGUCAAACACAGAUUGCUCCUUAACGCCCGAUGGCCUUUUGACGCGCUCCCUCCCGAAUGUGGAAGAGGCAGACUGCGACGAAAGCAGCAGCGCCCAGUCUUCCCUGCAAAACAACCAGAGAAGAAGAAGUCGCAGAUUGGAGCCGACGCCUGAGGUUGAAAGCAGUGGAUUGAAAGAGGAAUUACCAAGUCUGGCCCAGAUUCUUAAGCGUGACUUGAGGAUCGGCCGAGAUGGAAGUCAACGGGGAAAAACAUCCUCUGGUGACAUGGACAAACCUUUAACGGAUGAGGAUCUGGUGAGCCGCCCGCCGCCGUGUCCCAGUCCAGACUACGUCAACUCCAGCCAAGCGUCCGUCGACUUGUUCGGGACACCAGAAGAAUCAGGUGACGUUCCAGUGAUGAGUGCGUCCGUGGAGAUGUCACAGUUCUCCAGUGAAGUUCUGGUAACGCAGCAAAAGGAGGAAAUGCAGAAGGAGCUGGUGAGGCUGGAGAAGCUGAUGGCUCUAGUCUCGGAGGUGCUCCACGAGAAAGAGAACGCCCCCGAAAACAACACUGAGAAAAGUCACAAAACUCAAGCCCCAGACACCGCUGUCCCACAAACAUCUCAUGAAGACUCAGGACUGGACUCAAAGAAUGCUCGUCCUCAAAGUCCUGGCCUUAGUCCCCGACAGCGUCCGUCUGAGGCCAAAGCCGAGACCCAGACCAGUGCCCGGGACCCGCCCCCUGACCCCACCACAGAUACUGCCUGUAAAGAUUUGGAAGCAGCUGAAACCAGGACAGCCUCCACUUCAACAACAACAAUCCAGAAUCAAAAGUCGCGCGAGUCUCCGUCUGAGGAUAAAGAAAACGCUCCCAACGACUCGGGGAAUCUCAAAAUGGUGCUGGUGUCGUCAGGUCUGAGGCCCAGCGAACAGAUGAAGGUGAAAAAGUUUGCAAAAAGAAUUGGUUCCCGUGUGGUUGCCCAGGUUACGCCCGAAGUUACCCACAUUAUUAUGCACACAAACGAGCAGCUGGUCUGUGAGCGUACUCUGAAAUACUUUCUUGGUAUCGCCGGGAGAAAGUGGGUCGUGAGUUUCCAGUGGAUCUCUGAGUGCUUCAAACAAAAGAAGCUCCUGGAUGAGAGCCUUUAUGAAGUGAAGGGAGAUGUAGUGAAUGGGCAGAACCACCAGGGGGCGAUGAGAGCACGGACCACCGCCGACGAUCACCUGCUGAUGAGAGGAUACAGGGUCUGCCUCCAUGGGCCGUUCACCGCCAUGACCACAGAGGAGCUGCAGUGGAUGGUGGAGCAGUGUGGAGCGACUGUAGUGAAGGAGCCGUCGGGCCUCGAUCCCAAACUGAAAUCUCAACAGUUGGUUGUCGUUCAAAGUGGAUCUGAUAUUUCUGCUUCAAGAUACAACAGUCUGUCCAGGGUGUCUACGGUGGUGACCCGCGGCUGGCUCCUGGAUUCAGUCUCCACCUACACAAUACACAACUGUAAAAACUACACUAUUUAA